UUCCUCAGUUGCAGAGUAUUUAAAAGCAAGGGAGUGGCAUCAUAGUUCCCUUCAUCUCUGAGUAGAAUCUUCUCCGUGAGCUGCAGGAACAAGGAACAGAGCCAUGCCUGGAAUUGUUUGUACUAAUCUGAGCAUUGCACCUGGCCAGAAGGUGUCCGUGAAAGGUGAUGUUCUAUCAGGAGCUAAGAGUUUUGCAAUAAAUAUCGGCAAAGACAAAGAGAGUAUUAUUUUACACUUCAAUGCACGUUUUGAUGCUCAUGGAGACAUCAGAACCAUCGUGUGCAAUUCCAAGAUCAAUGGGCAAUGGGGGAAAGAACUCAGGGAGAGCAACUUCCCUUUCCAGGAGGGUAGCCCUACUGAGAUAUUGUUCACACAUGACAAAAAAGAAGUGACUAUUACAUUGUCUGACAACCAUCAGAUCAAGUUUCCCAAUGACUCUGGUUUGGAAACCAUUGACUUUAUCUGCACAGAAGGAGACUUGUGUUUCAAAAUCCUCUCACUAGUUUAAACAAUCUCCUCCUGUCCUGCUCACUUUUUUUGCUUAAUAAGGCAACAAAAUAAAUGCAACUGAAUUCUG